AAGAGAUUCUCGCCAAUUAUAUUUUCUAGUCACAGGGACUUGUUGGUUCUUUUUUUUAUAAUGGCUGUACUAGAUGAUAUGGUCACAAACGGUGGUGAAGCUUACCUUCCAGGAGAAGCAAAGAAGGUUUUGAAAUCAUUGGCUUCCAGUUGGAGUGAUGUGAUUGAUUCAAAUACCUUGCAAGUGAUUCCAUUAAAGGGUGCAAUGACCAAUGAAGUUUUUCAGAUAAAUAUGCUUACAGAAACAGGGGAACUCCGACAUAAGGUUCUUGUUCGUCUUUAUGGUGAAGGUGUGGAUACCUUCUUUGACCGUGAUAAUGAGAUCAGAACUUUUGAAUGUAUGUCAAAGCAUGGUCAGGGCCCUCGUCUUCUCGCAAGGUUUUCUAAUGGACGAAUUGAGGAGUUCAUUCAUGCACGGACAUUAUCAGCUAAUGACCUUAGAGACCCUGAAAUAUCUGCACUUAUAGCAGCUAAGUUGAGGGAGUUCAAUGAUCUUGAUAUGCCAGGCCCAAAGAAUGUCCAGCUCUGGGAUAGAAUGAGAAAUUGGCUUAAAGAGGCACAAAAUUUGUGCUCUCCUGAUGAAACCAAGAGAUUUGGUUUGAAUGCUUUGGAGGAGGAAAUUCUUACUCUGGAAAAGGAAUUAUCUGGGGAUCAUCAGCGUAUCGGAUUUUGUCACAAUGACUUGCAGUAUGGCAACAUUAUGAUGGAUGAGGAGACAAGAGUGAUCACUAUAAUUGAUUAUGAAUAUGCAAGUUACAACCCUGUUGGUUUUGAUCUUGCGAAUCACUUCUGUGAGAUGGCUGCAAAUUAUAAUUCCGAAGAACCUCAUAUUUUAGAUUAUGGUCGAUAUCCAGAUUUGGAGGAGCGCCAGAGAUUUGUCUGUAGGUAUCUUAGCUCUUCAGGUGAUGAGCCUACUGACCUUGAGGUGGAGCAAGUACUCGAAGAUGUCGAGAAGUAUACUCUUGCAAGCCAUCUGCUUUGGGGCUUAUGGGGAAUAAUUUCGGAACAUGUCAAUGAAAUCGAUUUCGAUUACAUGGAGUAUGCAAGGCAGAGGUUUCAGCAGUACUGGUUACGAAAAUCCACAGUUUUGGGAUAUUCAGGCACAUCUCCUACUGUCUAAGUGUAGUAUGAGUAUUAUUGUAGAUCAAUAAAUCAGAGAU